CACUGUGCUGCUGAGUUUGGUUAUCGCUAGAAUCUUCCCAAUUUCUCUACAAAUUAAUCACAUCAUCAGAAAUUUCGAGAAUUUCACUACUUUUAUCCACAUAUAAAUAUCCCCUCAAAUCUUCUUACGAUGGCAAUAGAAUUUAACAUUGAAGUAGCAUUCCCUUUAAGUCGCUAGCUCCAGACUUCCAAUUCAAGAAAGUUCACUCUCACUCAGCGUAUAUACACAAUGAGGCUCUUGCUGUUGCUCGUGGCGUGUUGUGUUGGCCUAUGCAAUGGAUCGAGUUUGCUGCCAUUCAUGGAUCCAGGCAGUGGCAGUCUGUUAUUGCCUGAUCCGUUCCGAGUGUUAGAGCAAAUCCCACUUACCCUGGAGAGGGACGAGAGCUUGGCACUGUCGCCAGCCAGGGUGGACUGGAAGGAAACAGCGGAGGGGCAUACGAUAAUGUUGGAUGUGCCAGGGUUGAAGAAGGAAGAGCUGAAGAUCGAAGUGGAAGAGAACCGUGUGCUGAGGGUGAGCGGGGAAAGGAAGAGAGAGGAAGAGAAGAAGGGCGACCAUUGGCACAGGGUGGAACGCUCCUAUGGCAAGUUUUGGAGACAAUUUAGGCUGCCUGAGAACGUGGACUUGGACACUGUGAAGGCUAAGCUUGAAGAUGGGGUGCUUACUUUGUCAUUGACCAAGUUGUCUCCCGAUAAGAUUAAGGGUCCGAGGGUUGUCGACAUUGCUGGAGGAGAGGCUAAUGAAGCACCCAAGCUCCAGGGUAACGAUGCCAAGCAGGAGCUUUAGAUCCAUCCUUGAAUUGUUUUUCAUGGCUUUCAAAGCUUUUUCCAGCCUGUUUAUGUAUUUGAAUAUAUAUGAGAAAAUAAUUACUAGAAUUGAAUAAAAA